CACGUUCCUUUCAUUUCUUCUCUCCUCGUAUUUAUAGUCUUCUUCUCUUUGUACUCUGGCCGUCCUCUAAUAGAUUCAACUCACCGUCGGUGGCUUGCGGAGAUCUAGGGAAAACAUGGCCGACUCGAAACCAGACCAACCUUUGAUCCCACCAUCAUCCAGGAACCUACCUGAUUUUAAGAAAUCAGUUAAGCUAAAGUAUGUGAAGCUUGGAUACCAUUAUCUAAUCACCCAUGGAAUGUACCUUUUCCUUACCCCUCUUGUAGUUAUAAUCGCGGCUCAGCUCUCAACAUUUUCUGUCCAGGAUCUUUAUGAUCUUUGGGAGCAUCUUCAAUUCAACCUCAUUUCUGUCAUCAUAUGCUCGUCACUUCUUGUUUUCUUGUCGACCCUCUACUUUCUGACCCGCCCUCGCCCUGUUUAUCUCGUCAACUUUGCUUGCUACAAACCGGAGGAAUCUCGGAAAUGCACAAAAAGGAUGUUCGUAGAUCAGUCACAAAUGACUGGUACAUUCACAGAUGAUAAUCUUCAGUUUCAGCGUAGGAUCCUUGAAAGGUCAGGGCUUGGGGAUUCAACAUAUCUUCCAGAGGCUGUCCUCAAUGUUCCCCCUAACCCAUCAAUGCAUGAGGCAAGAAAAGAAGCAGAGGCUGUUAUGUUUGGUGCUAUUGACGAGCUUUUGGCCAAGACGUCCGUAAAACCCAAAGACAUUGGAAUUUUGAUUGUUAACUGCAGCUUGUUUAAUCCAACACCAUCGUUGUCUGCCAUGGUUAUCAACCAUUACAGGCUUCGAGGGAAUGUUCAAAGCUACAAUUUGGGAGGAAUGGGCUGUAGUGCAGGUUUGAUCUCAAUAGAUCUUGCAAAACAUCUUCUUCAAGUCCACCCCAACUCCUAUGCACUGGUUAUCAGCAUGGAGAACAUCACCUUGAACUGGUACUUUGGAAAUGACCGCUCGAAACUUGUAUCAAACUGCUUAUUCAGAAUGGGAGGGGCUGCGAUACUUCUCUCUAACAAAUGGUCAGACAAAAGAAGGUCCAAAUACCAAUUGGUUCACACUGUUCGCACUCACAAGGGUGCAGAUGAUAAGUGCUUUUCCUGUGUUACCCAGGAAGAAGAUUCUGUAGGCAAGAUUGGUGUUACAUUGUCAAAGGAUCUCAUGGCAGUUGCUGGUGAUGCUUUAAAGACCAACAUUACCACAUUGGGGCCUUUGGUUCUUCCAAUGUCUGAGCAGCUGCUUUUCUUUGCUACAUUGGUUGGCAAGAAGCUUUUGAAGAUGAAGAUCAACCCAUACAUCCCAGAUUUCAAGCUAGCUUUUGAGCAUUUCUGCAUUCAUGCUGGAGGAAGAGCUGUUUUGGAUGAGCUGGAGAAGAAUUUGCAGCUGUCUGAAAGGCACAUGGAACCAUCAAGGAUGACUCUUUACCGAUUUGGGAACACCUCAAGUAGUUCUCUUUGGUACGAAUUGGCUUAUUCGGAAGCUAAGGGUAGGAUUAGGAGGGGUGACAGGACAUGGCAAAUAGCAUUUGGUUCAGGAUUCAAGUGUAACAGUGCGGUGUGGAAAGCUUUGAGGACGAUAAAUCCGGCAAAGGAGAAGAACCCAUGGAUGGAUGAGAUCCAUAAUUUCCCAGUUGAUGUUCCAAGCGUCUCGACCAUCUAAAUUCCAGGACUUGCUGCAAUUGUGGUGUUAUUUUCAUGUUAUCUUGUCUCACUUUUGAUUCGUCCCAACUUUUGCAUUUAGUUAUCUAGUUUCCGAGUUAUUAAUGGGAGUAGCUCGAGUGGGGUUUUUAUUAUUGUUGUAACAAAGCAUUGAUUCGAGGGUGUUAUGGGAACAUUAGACCAUUCUUUUACUGGGAUUAUUUCAUGAGAGGCUUGGCUAUCUUCAAAGAUCUCAUCAUUUGACUAGAGAUUUGGACUGGGAUUUGCAAUUUGUAGCUUCAUGUAACUUAUGGAUGGCAUUGUUGACUGAA